AUGGGAUUUUUAUCAAAACUUUUCAAACUAGAUGGUAAAGGCACUGUGUCAGCAAUGUCCACUGACCAGUCUGCUUAUAAGAAUUGGACCAGGGAACAGUUGAUUGAGCGAUUGCUACAGCUGGAAAAUACUAGUGAAAAUGGUAGUGAUGCUAAAGGAAAUAACUCAGAUACCGUGGCUGAGGUAAAAAAGCGAUCUGCGGACGCUGCUGUUGAAGCAGAGAGAAGAAAGAACGUCAAGAAACCUAGGAAAUCAAGGGAAUUCGACUUCUCCAAAUACAACACACGGUUUGUCGCCUUCAAGUUUGCUUAUUUGGGAUGGAACUAUAACGGAUUGGCAAUUCAAAAAGAUGCGACUCCUUUACCUACUGUCGAGGGUACGAUAUUAGAGACCAUGAAUAAAUGCAAACUUGUUCCGUCCAUGGUUCCUCAAGAAUAUAAGUUUAGUAGAUGUGGAAGAACAGACAGAGGCGUUAGUGCCAUGAAUCAAGUAAUUUCAUUGAGAGUUCGUUCGAAUCUCACUGCAGAAGAGCAGCUUGAUCCCAGCUAUGACGACAAGGAGAUUCAAUAUGUUAAUAUUUUAAACCAGAUUUUACCAGAAGAUAUCAGAGUAUCUGCAGUUUGCCUACGGCCACCAAAAGGUUUUGAUGCCAGAUUCAGCUGUAAAAGUCGACAUUACAAAUACUUGUUCAGCUCAGAGGGUUUGGAUCUUGAAAGGAUGCAACUGGCAGCCAAACACUAUGAAGGUGAGCAUGAUUUCAGAAACUUUUGCAAAUUAGAUGGUUCAAAACAGAUUACAAAUUAUAAGAGGACAAUUAAAAGUUCAAAUAUCAUGCACGUCAGCGAAGACAUGUACUGCUUUGACUUGGUAGGUUCAGCUUUCUUGUGGCAUCAAGUGAGGUGUAUGGUGGCUAAUCUAUUUCUCGUUGGCCAAGGUCUUGAAGAUCCCAAUCUAAUCAAAGAAAUGUUGGAUAUAGAAAAGAUGCCCAGAAAACCAAUUUACGAAAUGGCUAGCGAUAUUCCUCUAAUUCUUUACGAAUGUGAGUUUUCGCCGAUGGAGUGGAUAGUACCUGAUCAAACGACUGAUAAGGCAUCGCGCUCCUCGUCGGUUGUAAAUUCUGUAGAAUUGAACUAUAGAUUAAAGGCUUCAGUGGCCAAAAUAUUCAAGGAUAAUCUACCAAGAGCCACUAUUAAGAAUAAAACUGUUAUAAAUGUGGGCGAUGGUAUCGGGAAAGUUGUUAAUGUUUAUCAAAAAAUGUCUGAUCGUAACCUGAUGGAUUCUUUUGAAACAGUAAACGCAAAAUACAGGGAACGUAAAACACGUAAUCCAAAAUGA